UCGCUAUGGAUACCGUGAACGUAUGACGUAGAUGUUCAAGUGGAUAAUGUGUGCAGUUGUCAUUGAAAGGAAAGGUGGUAACGAAUCAGGCUUAGACCUUCUUACAGUGGCUCGAGUGUUCUUGUUUACAAUUGCCAUAGGAACUGUUGUUCGCGCUUGUGGAUAUAUAUGACGUACACAUUUCUUUCGUUUUUGUGUGCAGUUGUCAUAUAAAACUUGUAGUGUUGUGCAUCAGAGUGCAAAAUGGAAUUUCCUUUCAAUGUAAAUAAUAUUCUAUCACAGAAAAUAUCCAAAGUCGGAAACAGUCUUAUACCAGAAGGAUAUUAUGGUGAUCGCCGUAGUGCGUGGGAUUAUGCCUCAAAGAUAUCUGAUAUUUUGGAUGCAAUGGGAAAAUCCUCUGCAGUAGCUCAGGGGCUAAAAAAUGCGAUCACAAGUGGUGAACGUUUGAGAAACUCAGAACACACUGUUUAUCUGCUUAUUGAUCCUGAGGGCAAAAGUGGCCAAGGUAGUGUAGUGGGCCUCCUAAAAGUAGGGAGGAAGAAAUUAUAUGUAUUUGAUGCAUCUGGUGCACACCAUGAGAUGCAGCCACUUUGUGUUUUGGACUUCUAUGUUCAUGAGUCUAAGCAGAGAAUGGGUUGUGGAAAAGCUUUAUAUGAGCACAUGCUGAGGGAAGAAAAAACAUCACCCCAGUACUUGGCCAUUGAUCGACCAUCAGAAAAGUUUCUUGGUUUUCUGUACAAACAUUAUGGGCUAGAAAAUAUAUUACCACAGGCAAACAAUUUUGUUGUUUUUGAAGGAUUCUUCAUUGAAAACCCAGAUGAGGUGAAUAAUAGCCAUCCCUUCCUCAAUUCGAGAUUGUUGAACACCUUGAAUGAAGGAUCUCAGAGUAAAUCUUCUGCAGUAAGAACUGGCAAGACUGAAGAGCGGUAUAAUGGCUUGCAGCAGUUGUAUGGGCGCUACGCAGCCCACAGACCACCUUCCACAAUAGGGAAGAUCUUGCAAAAUCAGUCAUUAAAACUUUUAACAGUUAUCUUCCAGUUCUGA